AUGUCAAAUAAAGCUAUGCAAAUGAUAAAAAAACGAUCAAUUAAACCAAAAACUCAAUAUUCACCGUCAAAUUCAACAGGAACAACAACAAUGCAUCAUUUGAUUAUGUAUAAUGAUAGUGGAAAUAUUAUGAUUGUUGGAAAUUCAAGUGUAAAACGGUUACAAAAUGAUGGUACAGUGAUACUGAAUGAUGGUCAUACAGCAAAAUUGAUAAUAUCAGGUAAAACAAUCUUUAUUCUAUUCAAAGAAAUACCAGACAGUUCGCCAAUUAAACAUUCAUACAAUUUAGGUACAAAAGAUAAAUGUAUGGAACAAUGGAAUAAACGAAGCCUUUCAAUAAAUAAUAAUGAUGAUUACGAACAAGAUGAAGAUGAAGAUGUCAUACCCAAACUGAUGGAACAAACGUUGCAAAUGCCGACAAAAAUGUUUUCAACACGUACCUUUUUAGUUUCAUCAUCAAAACGAUUUGCACGUGAAAAUCAUUCAAAUCAUGCAUCAAAGCGUCUCACCAAUGUUUCGUUUUCUCCUCAAAGUUCAAAUCGUAUUAUCUUAGGUAGCUAUUCUCGUCUAUGUCCGCAUCCUUACCAUUUUAUUUGCCGUUUUUUUAAAGAAGCUUCGUCGGUAACGUCUUCGUCAGAUGAAGAAGAGGGCAUGAUCAAUACCAGUGAUAAAGUUUCAUUGAAUCGUAUAUUUCAAGAAUUAAAAAAUACACAAACAAAUUUACAAGGCGCCAGAAACGAAAACCGUGAUAUGCAUAAACAAUUAACAACAUUAACACAAAAAAUAAAUCAUUUUAAUUCACUUGUAUUAUCUGUAACUAGUCGUUUCUUAUCUUUUCAAAAUACUAAUUAG